UAAACAAUGAGGGAGCAGCAGAAGAGUUGCAGCUGGUCCUGCUGUGUCUGUUUCUGCCUUUUCGACACAUAAAUGAACUUAGAAGGAGGAAAAAUUAGGAGCAACUUAUUCAGGACGAUGUGACUUUACAUAAAUACGUUUUCUGUUCCCGUCCACUGCAGCGUUUUCCUUUGUCGUAAAUGUUAGCUAAGCUAAUCAAGCUAGCUAACAAGCUGCGGUGACUUUUCCUACACAGACUGAAGACCAGUGAGGAUAUUUAAAGUAUCCCGAUGGCUUCAACCUCUGCAGCUGGAAAAGCAGCAUGGCGUGAAGGUGAUAGAUGUCUGGCUCCAAACCCACGAGAUGGCACCCUGAGAGAAGCCACUAUCCAGAGACUGACCUCCACUUCUCAACAUAAUGACACAGCCUGGGUGAUAUUCACUGACCAUAAUCAAGAGGAGGAAAAACACAAGGAAACCAUACCUGUCUUGAAACUUCAGAGACCAGCUUUGAAUGAUUUCACCCAGGAGAAACCUGUGUUUCCCAGCAUUGUCACAGACCCCAGGGUGUGGGUCCCGCUACAGCUGAGUGAUGCUGAUGAGGAUCGAGUUCCAUACACUAUCAACAGAUACUUGAGGGAUUACCAGAGGGAAGGUAUCAGGUUCAUUUACAGCAACUACGUUCGUUCCAGAGGCUGUAUACUAGGUGAUGACAUGGGACUUGGUAAAACUGUGCAGGUCAUUGGUUUUCUUGCUGCUGUGUUGCACAAAACAGGCACAUGGGAGGACGUCAAGAACAACAGGCCCCAGUUUCUGCAGAGUCAGAUGCCCUCCAAGCAAAGUAAUCCUGGCAAAAUGUUCCUCAUUGUGGCCCCGCUGUCAGUGCUUUAUAACUGGAAAGAUGAACUGGACACAUGGGGUCACUUUCAAUGUGUGGUGGUCCACGGGCUGAGAAAAGAGGAGGAGCUGGCUCGCAUCAGGAAAGGACGAGUAGAGAUUGCUCUCACCACCUAUGAGACUCUUCGCCUCUGUCUGGAUCAGUUUAAUAAAAUAGACUGGUCUGCUGUGGUUGUGGAUGAGGCCCACAAGAUAAAAAAUCCAAACUCUCAGAUCACUCAAGCCAUGAAGGAGCUGAGAUGUAAGAUCAGAAUUGGUCUCACUGGCACCAUCUUACAGAACAACCUUGAGGAGUUAUGGUGUGUUAUGGAUUGGGCCGCACCAGGUUGUCUUGGCAACUUAGGGAAUUUCAAGAACAAGUUUUCAGAUCCCAUUGAGCAAGGGCAGAAGCAUAGUGCAACCAAACGUGCCUUAGCUACAGGACGGAAAACUGUCAAAGCCCUGGUGAGGAAGAUUUCUCAUUUGUUCUUCAGAAGGACUAAAGCUCUCAUCAAAGAACAACUGCCCAAGAAGGAUGACAGGGUGGUGUAUUGCUCUCUGACAGACUUCCAGCAGACUGUGUAUCAGGCAGUGCUGGACACUGAGGAUGUGAAGUUACUGCUGAGGUCCUCAGAGAAAUGCCAUUGUCAAAGUGGACGCACCCGCAGGGGCUGCUGCUAUAAGGCAAAUUCUGAAGGUGUUCAAAUGAAGCAGCUGUACUUUAGUUACCUAGCCAUAUUAAGGAAGGUUGCCAACCACACAGCUCUGCUUCAGUCUACUGCAGGCACCAGCAAGAAACAGGAGAAGUAUGUGAGUGCCGUUUGUACAAAGGUGUUCCAGAAAUUUCCAGACUUUGUGCAGAGAUGUAAAGAUGAAGCAUUUGAAGCCCUGUCAGACCCAAUGUACAGUGGAAAAAUGAAGGUUUUGCAAAAGCUGCUCAAACAUUAUCUGAAAAAGAGGGAUAAAGUCCUCAUUUUUUCUCUCUCGACCAAGCUGCUGGAUGUGCUGGAGAGCUACUGCAUGGCAGAGGGGCUGGACUUCAGCAGGCUGGACGGAUCCACCAAAUCCAAAGAGAGAGUUCAGAUUGUCAAAGACUUCAACAGCUCCACUCACAUCAACCUCUGCCUGGUUUCCACCAUGGCAGGUGGUCUUGGUCUUAACUUUGUAGGUGCCAAUGUAGUGGUGCUGUUUGACCCCACCUGGAACCCAGCCAACGACCUACAGGCUAUUGACAGGGCAUAUCGUAUUGGUCAGUGCAGAGAUGUGAAUGUUCUUCGGCUGAUCUCUUUGGGGACUGUAGAAGAGGUUAUCUACCUCCGACAAAUUUACAAACAGCAAUUGCAAUCCUCAGUUGUUGGGAAGGAGAGUGCCCGGCGGUAUUUUGAGGCAGUGCAGGGGCAUGGCGUCCAUAAGGGGGAACUGUUUGGGCUCAAAAACCUCUUCAGGCUGCAGACCCAGGGGACGUGCCUCACCCGCCAGGUUCUAGAGCGAGAAGGACAAGUAGAGGCCGGUGUAAUGACAACAAGCACACACAGAGGCGAAGAGAAGGAGGAGGAGACGAAGGGAGUUGGCGGACCUGGAGGUUCUUCACCUACAAUUUACCCUUUACCAAAUGACGUACCAACCAAGGUGAGCGGAGGUGCAUCAGUUGUUCUCAGAGGGGUACUGGACUUCAGCAGUGGGACUGAAGAGGAUGAGGAUAUGGAAGGGCUUAAGAAAAAGGCCUCAAAGCCAAGUGCAGAUGAUAGCAACAGGAGUGAGAAUGCUUCCGCUGGCCCUGGUCGAAUGAGUCUCCUCCAGCAUGGUUUUUCAAGCCUCCUUGAAAGGGUCAAACAAAAGCCAGAGUUAGCAGAUGGGGACAGUAGUUCAGGUGCCGAAGGGAGCUCUCUUGAAGAAAAAGCUGAGGAUCAGAAGACGGAGGAUACCUCCACUGGGAUCUGCAAGGGCUCCAAUACAGGAGAUGGUCCUGUCAGUCUCCCUAAAUUAGGAGCAACAACCUUUGACACAUCCAGCGGUUCAGACAGAAAACUGUUGAAAGAGGAUGAUUUUGCUGUGAGAGGGAAACAGGGCCAGAAACGGUGGAUAAAUGAAAAAAAUUCAAUUGAUGAAGAGAGUGAUGAAAACUCUUCCCCAGACAAAAAGAAAGGUAAUAUCCUCAGAACUACUGUUCCAAAAACACACUGCUUUGAAGGUUACUCAGAUGAAUCUGAAGAUUUGGAAUUGGAGGCAAAGAUGUGCUCCAAAAAAGAUGCUUCAAAUUCACAUGACAGGGGAGGAGAAAAGGGGAAACGAAAGCUGGACUGCAGCAAAAAGAAACAAAGUGUAAGGGACAAGGCAAGAUUGAAAUACUCAGAAGACAUAGAAACAUUCACAUCUUCAGAGGAUGAAAAUACAACUCCACAGAAAGAAAGAUCCAGAGCUAAACUGCAAAAACAUGGACAAAGAGCUGCAACAGAGAGACAAGCAGGAAAAGCUGUUUCAUUUACAAGUCUGAAAAGCCAGAAAUCUCCAGCAUCCAAAGACAUGAAUGGAACCAUUGACAGCAUGCUAGGUGGCGUGCAGGAGGUGGCGUACACCCACUCUAACCAACGUGUUGUGGGUGGGAGCAAAGCAGAAGAGCUGAUCAGUAGAGCUGCUGUACGAGACGUAUUUGAACGCAAAAUGUACUCACAGCUUCCAGCCAACGAGCUUCUAGGCACACAGGAGAGUCUUUUGGAGAGUGUACCAGACAGUCAUCCCUGCCCUACAACUGUCAGGCAGCAGAAGCCCAGUGUGGAACAUCCAGUCACCUUUACCAGAAAGAGUGUACACCACACCAGACACACCACCUUCAUCAUUGGAGAGACUCCCAAAGCCAUACGCAGGCAGCAGCUGGAGGAAAUGGCCGAAAAAUUUAAAUUUGCCUCAGUCCAUCAGUUUGCAGUUGAGAUUCUGAGCAGAGACUCAACCCAGAGAGUGGCCUGGCUACAAGAGUAUUACACUUCGCUAAACCACCCUGACCUGGCUAACACAGUCUCAAACAACUUCCCACAACCUGUUUCAAGUGCCACAAAAUGCCAUACGGGGACCAGAACCCCAAAACAGGAUGUGCCCAAAGCCACCAAAAAUGCAAAAUACACUCAGAAAAAUCCUGGAUCCAAAACUAAACCUGACAUGCCACAAGCCAAUGUUUCUGUGCUGCAGAAAAGGUCUGGAAUCCCACAAGAGGAUGUUCAAAAACCCCCCAAAAGGCAGAAGAUCUCACAGAAGAAUGUGCUAGAACCUCUCAGUGAUGUUCCAAGUCCUGAGUCAGAGGAGCAGGAGGAGACUGUCUACAGUGCCAGAGGACACAAGAGGACAAAGAAGGGUAGUGUUUCUAGUUCUGGAGCCUUCGGAGCUGGUGGUGGUCUUGGCGUGGAUCUGGCCAGCACCAGUGGUCUGGGGUCUGGGGAGGCUGCUGCUUUCCUGAACCACACAGACAGAGAUACCCCUUCUUCUUCGGACCUCAGCCAUGGCAGGUCCACCCUGGUGUCCAAACCCACAGCACCAGAAAGGGAGACAUUAUCUUUGAGAAUAACUGAAACUUUACGAGGGCGGAAAGAAAAUUCUGAGACCCCUUCUACCUCCAAUGAUCGCUCCUUCCUAACAGAUCUGAUAGGAGAUACCUCAAUCCUUGAUGACCUGCUAAAACCCAAAUCCAAAAGUGUACAACACAAAAACACCCCAAAAACACCCCCCACAUUGGCGCCAUCAGUAAACACAAGUUUUGCCACACCUUCCCUAUCCAGAAACCCUCCUGAUUCAAAUUCACGCACACAAUCUGCACAGCAGGUCAGUACACCAGUGCAGGCAUCAAAGGGUGGUUGCAAAGACUUCUGGGACAUCCUGAAUGAGGGCAACGAGGAGAGUAUCAACAGAUUAACAGACCCAGACGAAAUUCAGAGAGUUUGCAUCAACACUGACUUUGCUGCUAGAAGUAGGUUUAAGCAGAAGGAGAGCAAGAGUCUCUGGAAGACUAAUGAGAGGUUCCUGUGGAAAAAAUAAUACAGAAGAGACAUUACAUUGGACCAGAGUUGUUUUAGUUGUUUUAGUUUGAGGUCAAAAGGAUUUUUUUACUUGUUUUUAAUAUUUAGCCUAGGCUUUCCUACCUCCAAUUUUUUCAACAUAUUUUAUUUGAUGAUUUAAAAUUCCAUUUAUAUCUUUUUUAUUAAUGUACACUGAGUGAGUGAGUUACUGAGAGAGCGUUGAUUGCUACUUCAAUAAACAGGGUGUUAACCACUCUGGAAAUGUAAAA